AUGGAGCGGUACGCAGGUCGCGUCGCCCUGGUGACGGGCGCCAACUCCGGCAUCGGCGCCGCCACCGCACUAUCGCUGCUCAGGAGAGGGCUCAAGGUCGUCGGCCUCGACAAGAGGAUCGACAGGGUCCAGCAACUUGCUCGAGAACUGAAGGACGCUCCGGGUACGCUCUAUCCGUUGCAAUGUGACGUUACCUGCGAGGAGAAUGUUCUAUGCGCCUUCAAAUGGAUCAAAGAGAAUUUAGGAGGGGUCGAUGUUCUUAUCAACAGCGCCGGCGUUUGCAGAGAAAACCUUCCCACAACUGGACAGACAGCCGAGUGGCAGCACACACUGGACGUCAACGUCCUGGGGCUGUCCGUCUGCACGAGGGAGGCCGUCCAGAGCAUGCUGGACAGGGGAGUCGACGACGGCUUCGUCAUCCACAUAUGCAGUAUAGCUGGUCAUAUCAUGCCAUUCGAUCCAUUGUACUCGAUGUACUACGCCAGCAAGCAUGCUGUCAAGGCUCUGCUUGAAGGACUGAGGAAGGAUCUGGUUGCCAGGAAGAGCAACAUACGGUGUGGGAGUCGCCAAGAUGGCACCAGCUCAACAGAAGGCCCGUUAGUUUCUACUGGGAAGGCCUUUGAGGUUCCUACUCAGCAAAGUUAUCAGGUUUCCUGCGAUCGCUUCUCGACUGUCUACUAUCAGCUGCUGGAAAGUGAUUCGGCUCAUGGUAACAGUAUAAACAAACCUUCCUGA